AUGCUAGCACGGACACGCAUCGCCGUCGCGAGCGGCACGGCGGCGCUCCUGUCGCGCCACCGCUCCGUCGCCGAGCUCCUCUCGGGUGGCGAGGCACUCGGUGGCUCCGCUGACGAGGAGAUCUCCAACUGGUCGGCGACGCACUCGGCGAUGCCGUCGCUCUACUUUGAGCCGGACUCGACGGAUGCAGUCGGGCAGGUCAUCGCCUUCAUGCACGCGGCGGGGCAGAAGCUUCGCGUCGUCGGCUCGGCGCUCUCUCCCAACGGGAUUGGCUUGUCAGACGGUGCGAUGAUCAACAUGGCCCAGUGCUCCAAGAUCCUCUCUGUCGACCCCGAGCGGCGGCAGGUGACGGUGCAGGCGGGUGCGCGCGUCAGCGAGGUGGUGGAGGCGCUCCGCCCUCACGGCCUGACGCUGCAAAACUACGCCUCCAUCGCCGAGCAGCAGAUCGGCGGCUUUGUCCAGGUCGGAGCACACGGCACGGGCGCCGCGAUCCCUCCGGUGGACGAGCAGGUGGUGAGCAUGCGACUGAUCACGCCCGCGCUGGGCGAGAUCUGCCUCUCCGAGGCAGACAACCCGCGCCUCUUCCGCCUGGCCAGGGUGGGGCUCGGCGCGCUCGGCGUCGUGACUCUGCAGUGCGUGCCGGCGCACAAGCUCGUGCAGCGCGUCAGCGUCGAGACUCGCGCGGGGAUCGCGGAGAGGCAUGCAGAGCUGCUCCAGCACCAGCACAUGCGGUACAUGUGGAUCCCGCACACGGACACGGUCGUCGUCGUCACCUGCGACCCGCUCGGGGAGGGCGACGGCGGCGGCGCGCCACCCCCUCCCGUCGACGAGGCGUGGGCGACCGAGCCGCUGCGCGAGCUGCUGCUGCAGCGCGCGCCGGAGCAGGCGACGGGCGCACCCACCCCUCCCCUCCCUCGCGCCUCGGCUCCACCUCGGCUCCGCCCGGCCCACAUGCCUCUCUGUCUGCGCGACGCAUUGCUCGAGCUCGCGCCGCUCGACAAGUCGCACGUCGCGGAUGUGAACCGCGCCGAGGCUGCCUUUUGGAAGCGCUCGCAGGGGGCGCGAUUCCCCCGAAGCCAAGCCCCCGCGCCCCCCCACCGCCUCCCCCGCCAUGCCGGGCCGGCUCCUCCGCUCGCAAUGCGCUCGAGACGCGCCGGCCCCUUCUCGCAGGCGCGUGUCGACUGGUCCGACCGGAUUCUCGGCUUUGAGUGCGGAGGGCAGCAGUGGGUGUCCGAGGUGGCGCUGCCGUGCGGCGCGAGAGGCAGCCGACGCUCCGCCGAGAGCUGUAGGCGCGACUUGCAGUACAUGACCGACUUGCUCGCCCUCAUCGAGGCUUCGGACAUCCCAGCGCCGUCGCCGAUCGAGCAGCGCUGGUCGCGCCGCUCUGCGUCGCCGAUGAGCCCCGCCCACUCGGCGGGCGAGGACGACCUCCACUCGUGGGUGGGCAUCAUCAUGUACCUCCCUAUCGACCGGCCGGAGGCGCGGCAGGCAAUCACCGACGCCUUCUGGGACUACAACGCGGUCUGCCGCCGCCAGCUGUGGCCCAAGUACGACGCGCACCAGCAUUGGGCCAAAAUCGAGCCGCCAGCGGACGCCGCCGAGCGCGCGGCCGUGCGGCGCCGGCUGCGCGACCGUUUCCCGGUGGACGAGUUCAACGCGGCGCGCAGGGAGCUUGACCCGAAGAAUAUUCUCAGCAACCGGCUGCUCGAUGCGCUGCUCGAGGCGGACCCGUGA